CAAUUGAGAUUUUAUUUUGAAUCUUGGUCGCAUUAAAUAUUUAUAGGAUGUGUUAAAUACGCAUGUACAUAUGUACUCAAUAGGGCGUAAUUCCACGGACCUUAGAAUAAAUGGAUAGAAGUCUUUUAACACAAAAAGGUGCAAUAAUUUAAAAGAAAAACAAUUUUUUAUAUUGCUUACUGAACUGAUUUGAAGGAAUCUCAAAGAACGCACUGUAUUACAAAUAAUAUUCAUUAUACCGAUUAGAGAAUUGAAUAAUACAUAGCCAUAUGUGUGAACAUAUUCAUUGCAGUUAAAGUUUUCUCAAUUGAAAGAUUGUUUACUAAGUAUUAUUAAAGUGCUGACAUCCAUUCUUCUAAUAAAAAUAUCCCAAAAUUGUACCAUUACGUUCAACCAUUUUGAAUUAAGCUGGAAACCCUAUUAAUAAUAUAACAAAAAAAAAAAAAAAAAAAAAACAACAACAACAAAACGUAACUAUUUAAUUACUUUUAAGCAUUUUCGUUAAUAGUUUUGUCAUUGUAUUUGACAGGGAGCAUAAUUACGCAACACGAUUCAUAUUAUUUACUCUCUCAGUCAACAAUAUACAUUUCUAUAAUUUUCAUGGACACUACUAUAGUUUAUUCCAAUCAACAUAUGUACUUAUUUUAUAUUUUAGAUGAUAUAAACUUAAUUUAAAUUUUAUGACACUUAAUAAAGACUUAAUUUCACUAAAAAUGUAUACAAUAUUUUAAAUUAUGUUUCAAGAAAAUUCUAUAUCCAUUGCCACGGACUUGUAAACUUUUUAAUGUAAUAAUCCUUAAUUUUUUUUUGCUUUUGUUUAUUCCUAACAAAAAGGGCGGGCAUCUUCAACACCAUAACGUAUUAUUAAUCUUUUUGGUAAAUAAAGUCAAACAAUGCCAAGCUACUGUAUCAAUAUAUACCCAGGUUGUUCCUGACGGCAGGGGAAGAUGCUACCCGUUUCUGCGGAAAAAUGUCGGCCAAGAAAGCACGCUACGGAUUGACUACAACGGAUCGGAGAGAGGAUCGAUCGGAUAGACAAGGGCACAGUUACAGGUCCCAACCAAGUCAUUGUGGGCAUAGAUGGACUGGCUAAUCAGACCAAGGAGUAUACCCAGCCCAAGUGGCAAGGUCUUGUUCCACACAUCCAUUGCGCUCUCGACAGUUAUUCGGGGCACCUCUCACCAAAGCGAGGAGCCACGUUGGUUAGUGGCUGCUGCUUGAUGUCAGAAGUAUUACUAUCGUCUGGAUAUGUAGCUAGCAUUGUCCUGGUAUUGUAUGUAACUGGUCCAAGGACACCACCCUGACGGAAUUCAGGCCGUAUGGGCCCUCAUGCCAGAGCCUGUCUGGAAAAACGGCGUGAGCUACCUUCCCGCAAAGAAUGGCUUAUCACAGCUUGUCUACUCAAAAGUAGUCAAGAUCAAGGACCGCAUGGAAAAAGAACCUGGCAUAGUUGCGAGUACUUUUAUAUUGAGGAACGUAGGAAGUAGACUAGCAGUGGGAUCUCGUCUGGACACCACUCCGAUCUCAGAUAAAGCUCUAGGAUUUUCCAAGUGGCCUAGGCUAUUCCUGCGGCUGGUUGGACUCUGGCCAUCGGCCCUGCUUCCUCCGUAUUCAGGCAUAUGUCCACCAUGCCUACUCCAUGAUCAACGCAGUGCUGUUGCUGCAACUCCUACCGUCGCCUUCUGGUAUACUCGUGGGUUCGACCUGAUUCCAAGUAUGACCCUUCACUUCCUUCUCCCUUUUCUUUCUGUUCGGGUGCCGAGCAAGCGCUCCCUUUACCUGACGUGGGAAGUUUUCUUUCGGCUCUUCGCUUAUCCCAGGCCCAAAGGCUGAUGUCAUCGACGUCUCCAGGACCAGAUCGGCGUCACCGCAAUACAUUGUGAUAUCCACUGCAUACAGGUAACCCAUUCCUAGGAUGACGAGAUCUAUCAUGGAGAGCAUAACAAGCAUCGGUAUGCUGAUCACUUAGUCCGCUAGGCCAACAUCUGACUACAAGGCCCUCCCUACUUCCAGGGUGAAAUCAUCUGCCAGAUGAAUGCGUGACUGCACAUAUUGCGCUCUCCUCCGAAGGGCACACUAGCGCAUACAAUCUUCGCUCACGAAACUGCGGGUGGCCCCUAUGUCGAAUGUGCCGGUAUGCCCGAUCCUGGCCUGGCGGACGCCGGUGGGCAACACCGUUCCCGCGCGCGCCGGCAACAAUCUUCGCUUCUCCUGUCCCGGUUCCCGCAACAAGCACGGGUCAUUCCCUGGCAAAGCGCCCCUCUUCUGCACAUUCGCAUUCGAUAGGCGACGCCUGCAUGAGCCAUUCCUUCCCGCCGAUUAAAAUCCGCUGGUCUGAGCUGAGAACGGAUCAAUGUGUCCACUCAUGGGCUGUACUGUACUUUCUCCAGGACUCCGGCUCAGAUUUUUAAGGACUGUCAGUGGCCUGCGCCUAAUAGUCCCAAAGCUCUUGCGAAUAACAACAGGAAGUGCUAAGCGCUAAACUUUGUGGCAGGCUCCUACCGAAAAUUUGACGCAGAGCCGGUAACCUCAAGGAAUCUCAUCGGAGUAGUUAUAUUCUCAGAAUAAGAGACUAGCCUAUUUCAGACGACCUUGGACUAUGUAACUUAGUCACCGUCAGGGUCAGGGUAGACUGUAACAUCAAAUGAAGCAUAAGAACCAAAGUAUGAUCCACCAUUAAACGAAGAGUGACGCCUAACGAGUAAAUCCCAAAGCAGGAAAGACUUCAAAAACCCUGGGUGUCACCCUUGAUGCCUAAUCCCAGUCAACUGACCUUUUAGGCCUUUGUUGAUCAGUUUGAAGGAAAAAG